CUGAUUGGAUGUGAGAAGUGAUUCUGUGAAGGUCAAGACCGGUUUUUGUUUAAAUGCGUGAGGCUCCUCGGCAGGUAGCCGCUUAAUUUGUUACAUUCAGAGAUGACAAGCGAACACGACAGGGCUGUUCUAAACAGCAUUUUGAACCCCCUUUUACCUGUCGGUGAGGCGGCAUUUCUCGCUGAUGAACCAUUACAAGAUAACGAAGAAGAAAAUUCAGAAGCAAAGGAGCGUGAGCUUGAGGGCGUUCGUGCUGCAGAAGCAGGCAAAAUAGAUGACGCAGUCGAGAUAUUCACCUCCGCGAUUGAAAUUGCACCUGAGCGUGCCUCUGGCUACAAUAACCGAGCGCAAGCGUUAAGACUGAAAGGAAAGAUUCCAGAAGCGCUUCUCGAUUUGAACAAGGCUCUCAGCCUCAGCGGCGGCGUUGGAAAGUCGGCCUGCCAAGCCCUGUGCCAGAGGGCGCAGAUUUUCACGAAGGAGGGACAUGAGGACUUGGCAAAAAAAGAUCUUGAGGCAGCUGCGUCUCAAGGAAAUGCGUUCGCGAAGUCACAACUGGCUCAAUUGAAUCCGUAUGCUGCUCUCUGCAAUAAAAUGCUGCAUGAGGCGUUCACAAAGCUGCAAAAAGGAGAGAUGGACUGCCAACCAAAGUUCUAGAGGGUUGAUCUGUCUCCUAAGAUCAACAAGAUACGUAACAAAAACAUUCAGAAGAGAAACAGGCAAUUUAAAAAAAGGUUUUCACUAUUUUGAAAUAUAACAAUAAAGAUAAAAUAUCUAUGAUCUGAACGACUUCUUUUAGACCCUUGUGAAAUUAUGUGAUGGAAAAUUCUACAGAGGUUAAUGAUAAUUUUCUGAGAAAAGGGGGACUUGUUAAGAGAGACACUGGUGUAAGCUUUGCUGUAUUUAAUAAAAUAUUUUGUCACAUACACAAAUAA